GAAAUUAGUAAACAGGAAGUGAAUGAAACCGGAUGUGACGAAACAGGAAGUGAUAGUAAACAACGGUGACGUCAUAAAUAAAAUGGAGCCCAGAGCUGCAGUUGUGCCUUCAGCUCCUCCUGAAGCUUUGAAACCAUCAGGAGCCUUGAGCCUAACGCCAGAGAAGAGAAGGAAACCAUUCACUGAACAUAACCACUCGGGACAGUCUGAGCUCAACCCAACAAGAUAUAAAAAAGCAACACAAGUGUUAAAUAUACCACAUCAUGUUAAAAGAUACAAAGAAUUGCAACAGGUAGAACUGUCUGAAACUAGUUUUGAAGAACUAGUGACAGUAGGUUCUAAGUCAAAACACAAGAAAACAACAACUGACAAAACACCAGAGCCAUCAUUAUACUCCAGUAAGGAUGAUGAAGUUAUAAGAGAAGAACCUUGUUUGGAUUUUGAAACACCUGAGAGAGCACAGCCGCUAAUGAAACCAUCAGUUUUAUACUUUAAUGCAACAUAACAGCACAAUAAUACCAA